GAUGUUAAACAUUGACAAUAAUUUUUAGCACAUGCUUGUGAGAGGUCAUCUGGGCCCAAAAGUAAACUAAAAUGGAUUAUUCAGGUGGUUCUAACGCAAAACUCGAUCCAGCAAAGAGAGAUGAAUUUAUGAAUGAAGUCAAACAACAGCUAGCCAUCGCAAGCGCACAAGAGUUACUCCAGAAAAUGACAAAUAAAUGUUUCAAGAAGUGCAUCACAAAACCAGGAACAUCGCUGAGCAACUCUGAACAUAAAUGUGUAGCUAUGUGUAUGGACAGAUAUAUAGACACUCAGAACCUAGUGGCUCAGGCAUUUAGUUCGCGACUUCAGCAGGAGAUGUCUAGAAUGCAGUGAUGGAGGUGAUAGUUAGAACGGUGAUCGUGUUGACUAAAACUCUGUCCGGAGGAGAGAGAUCAUGUGUGUGUGUGUCCAGUAUCCAUAGUGUGAAAAAUCAAGGAUGACGGCCUAUAGGACAAAAUUCUUACCCACUGAGAAGAGAAAGAUGUGAAAAUUAUAUAUGAAUAAAUUCAUUGUUAUCAUCAAAAUUUAGACAUUAGUUAUUACCAUAAUCAUCAAAACUAAAAUUGAUUUUUUAGAAAAUUCUUUCUUUUUUUUUUACAGUAAUAUUGCGCAUAUUGCUUGAAUUUGUUUGUCAUAAACAUAUAUAUGUCAUCAUAUGUUAUAGAAAAAGUCUAUAUCAUUCUGUACAUUUUAGAUAUAUAUUGUUAAACUUAUCAUGUUAAUUUUGUCACACUUAGGUAAAGAAUAAGUGCAGGAGCUAGUUUACUAUCCAGUGUUGAAGUCUUCUAUAAUUGUUGAUUUCAAACGAAGGAUGAAAUAAAAAUAUUGUGAUGAAUUUAA